GUCCCCUGCUCAUCUCUCGAUAGUCUUCUUGCUUGACAACAUGACACGCUACACCAACUUGGGAUACAAACGUACCCACGUGGAGGCGACUAAGAUCGAUGGCUCUUCUGCCACUUCGGUCGCUCAAGACGUUGGCUCCCAUCCCACGGGCGCCAACGCCCAGCCUAAGAAGAAGACCCAUCGGGCGGGCAAGAAAUGGACUGAGCAGCGAAAGAGAAAGCGCGACGCAGAUACCGAGAACACAGACGGAGACCACGACAUUAAGAAUGAUCGAGGAGGUGGGGAAGAGGAUGGGUAUCUCGGAGGUGAGGAAGAUGCGGACUCCGGACGAUACAAUAAGAAGCGGAGGAUCGGUGCUGCGGAUGCACUGGCGGACGGCGGCCGAAAACCCACGCUGGGGUCCAGCGCCGGUGCCAUUCCUAGCAUGUCUGGGGUAGAUCCCCCCGCAAAUGCUGUUUCUGAGUCGGGCACCUCGGGCCAGAAGACUAAAGCAAAACCAAAGAAGAAAUUCGAGCGGAAGCAAUACCCGAAAGAUGCGUAUUCCCGCGCUAUAGCUUCGGAAGAGCGACGGAUAGGGCGGAUUGCCGACCGUCAAGCUCAAACCAUUUGUUUUGCUUGUCGACAACCGGGCCAUUCGGUCAGAGAUUGUCCUGACAUCUCUGGUAGCGCUGCACCAUCGAACACGAACAAGGUUGCACUGAAGGGUGAAGCUCUCUGCUAUCGAUGCGGGAGCACGCAGCAUACGCUAGGGAGAUGUCGCAAGCCUGAACUCCCCAGUGGAGACCUUCCGUUUGCAAAGUGCUUCAUAUGCGGAGGGACGGGACACCUGGCAGGCCAAUGUGGGAAGAACAAACACGGUGUCUAUCCGAGGGGUGGAAAUUGCAAGGUGUGCGGCGAAGUGACCCAUUUGGCGAAAGAUUGUCCCUUAAGAUGGAAGGAUAAUCAGGGUGACGCACUCGUGCUCGGAAUGACCACUGAUGGGAAAGGCGCCGAUGAAGACGACUUCCAUGAACUGAAGCGUCGCAAGACAGAAGUAGAUAAAGAAGAUCUUGCUAACAAGAAAGUUGAUGAAGCACCUCUGCCGAAACCUAAAAAGGUGGUCAAGUUCUAGUAGGGUCUCAGUGAUCCAUGGUACAGGAUGCUUGUUUUAUGCAUUAUGAUAUCCCCAUCGAGAUACCUUAGGUAUUGCACUUCUAUAAUGAUACAUUGUCGAUCCACUACAUGCCGCAUCACAUUCACGUUCAUUCCCAAAGCACAAAGGCUCUCCACUUCACAUCAAACCGCUCAAUACAUCCUCAUAGAAUCCUUCUGCUCUCCACGGGAAACAUUCUGGAAGGGGCAUCUGCUCAUCCAAUGGUUGCCGCCACAGUUCGGGCAUGGGCUAGGAGGACCAACCAAGUGACGACCAUGUUCGUCCUUAGGGAUUUCCUGAGGAGAACUGAGGGGUACCCAGUCUCGGUCGACAGGAACCAUACAUCGAUGGAGGUACUUGAUAACCGUUGGCGUAAAGUGGACUUCGCUGGGGUUGUCCUCUGCUGGUAGUAGCAGGGGAGACGGCAGCGUCUCGAGACAAUAAGCGAACCGGACAUCAUGCAUCGUGAUUCCGAAAGUCUUGAGAGGAGGUUCGUCGAGUGUAUGCGCCUGACCGGUAUAUAUGCGAACGUAAACCGACUUGGCAAAGACCGCGAGGACGGGGUGAUGGUUUUCCUGAUUAGUGACCUCCAUCACCUUCGCCGCAAAGUCGAUCGCCUCCUGAUAUUUCGCGAAAGUAAAGCACCUCAGCAAAGCAUGCGCAUAGACACCCUUCUCGUGCUCCGGUUUCAUCCCAGCCCAGCGACUCCUCUCCUGCGGUUCGAGCUUGUCCGCCUUCUUCCGAACGUAGGCGACGCGCCACCCACGCGCAUAUAGCGGUCGAACAUACGUAUCCAGCUCUGCCUGGGUGACGAGUGGCGCGCGCCCUGGACCAGGUUUGGGGGGGACAUUGGGCAGAGGGAGGGAGGAUAGGAAAGUACGCAAUUGGGAGGGCAUGACCAGUUCUGGACAGCCGGCGAUCGAUUGCUCCUCUCCUGGUCUGCUGGCCGUUCCCUGCCCAGAUACGCCCAGCAGGUCAUCCAGCGCAUCCUCAGCAUCAUCAUUCGCAGAGAAGCGUACUUCUUGGGGACAUUUCAAACCCCCGCUCGAACCACGCUUUUCCAGCUCUGAAGUGGCCCAAGCGGCCGCUUCCGCACGGAAAUAAGCAUUGUACUCCAUCUUGGCCAUCUCCUCCGGCGAAGGGACGGGACUGCCGCGGACCUCGUUGAUCUUCGCCAUAAGGGCGCCAAUGAUGCUCUCUUGGCGUUGAUCACCGAUUCCUUUUUCAGCGACUUGGUCUCGAGCAGCUUCGAGCGCUUGGAGGAACUCAAACUCCGCGACUUGUCUCGCCCACGCUGCAGGAGGCCUUUCGUAUGGCUCAGGCACGGACACCUGCGUAGGAGUAGUCAAUGGGCGAGUCUGAGGUUGAGGUAGUGGAGGUGAGAC